AUGGACACAAGCUGUGUGCAGCCCAUCAAGCUGGCCAGGGUUACCAAGGUGAUGGGUAGGACCAGCUUGCAGGGACAAUGCACACAUGUUUUGGAGUUCAUGGAUGACGUGAAAUGCUCCAUCAUCUGCAACGUGAAAUGCACUAUGUAAGGCCACAUGCUCACCCUAUUGGAGUAAGAGCAAGAGGCUUAGAGGGCAACCAGUAAAAAUAAUGCAAAGAAGAAAAGCUAA